GUUGCAAAUAUGGAACAUACUAAGUUUAAUCAUAUUAUAAAGAAGAGUAUAACAUCAUUAAAACAAGAAGAAAAUGUAACAGUGUGCUUAUUAACUGAAUUAGAGAAAAGUGCUCUUGGAGUUUUAUCAGAAAAUAAGAUUAUAUUGAGUGCAGUUAAUAAAUUUCAGGACAAUUUUUCUAAAAAAGCUUUAUAUGUCAAAGAACGAAAAGAAGCACUUUUAGAGCAAUUACAACAAAUAUUAUCUGCCACAGAAAAAGAUAAUCAUGUAAUUCAAUUAAAACUCCAUGAAAAGGGUAAAUUAAAAGAAAAACUAGAAGAAUUAAAGAGAAAGAAAGAAGAAUUAACAAAUAACAAAGAGCAAACAGCAGGACAACAAAUUAAUGUUGAUAAUUUAAAGAAUUGUUUGAGAGUUUGCAAAGUACUAACCAAAACACAUUUUGAUUUUGGUAAUUCAGUUUGUGGUUAUACACUUGAUGAAGAUUUAAAUUACAAAUGCUUUCAUCUUAAACAUCAGGAAGAUCAACAUAAAGUCAUUGAGUAUUUGUGGGAUAACAUGCCAAUUAAAAGUUCUACUACAAGUAAAUAAAGCAGAUAAUUUUUAUAAUAAA